AUGGCACAAUUACACGUGCUUCUUGUGGUUUCGACAGUGCUACAUCUCCAUCUGCCGGUUAACGCACAGCAAACAUCCCUAGAGGAAGGUUGUCCAAAAGCUACCCGGCCUCAUAUGACACGUUGCGAUCAAUAUUAUCGCUGCACGGUACUGUCCAAAGAGGCACACGUUUGGGUUGCAACGCAAUGCCAGAAGGGACUCGUAUAUCUGCCCAAACUCGGCACAUGUGUCGUACCAGAUAGCGAUUGGGAGUGUGAUGUUUCGGCUGAAAAUGAAAAGAAUCACAGCGAUGAAAAUGUGUACGGCAUUGACAAUCUGCACGUACCUUCAUUAAGCGGCAGCUCUAACUCGGCCAGUGAAGAGCAAUCGCAAGAAAUUUCAUCUCUUUCAACAUCGAAAGAAGAUCGAACGAAAUCACAGCACAGCUCCUCCACGCAGCUCGACCAGAACGAUAUAGAAUCCAGUGGAGACGGAAGCCCGGACGAGCCUCACACACCAACAGUACGCACCACCGUCAACACGGGCACUAAAACCCCUGUACGUAGGGUUACUCCAUCAGUAUCGCCGGGAAGCAUAAAUACCACACAGCUGGACUCUUUUCUGGCCUACUACGAUACACAGAACGCGCUAAAGCUCCAGACAAAGCAACCUCCACCGAGGAUGGAUGAGAAGAACUUUCUCGAUCAUCUGAAGCAGAUCGUUAGCCAGCAGAAAGAGCUAAACGAAAUGGCACGAAUUCCAAGCCACAGCGAUCCAUUCUCGUACGAAACUGUACCAGUGCAGCAGCUCGUGAAAAAGAAAGAAGACUUAGCGGAUGAACCUUUAUCUAAGCUUAAUCUCUCACCUGGAAUGCAGGACAUUAUCAGAAGCAUACUGGACAUUUCGCAAAAAGCGAUUGCAAAUCAAAAACCUCCUGUUCCUUCGACGGCUUCAGCCAGUCCGGAAGUGAAAGAUCCGGUGGUGAAACCCAUAUUUAGACCCAUUUCGGUAAAUCCGGUUCCGGCACCGAGUGUACAAACGCCGACUGUGACGACAGAACAACCGCAGCAAGAUCGAUAUUCAUCACCGUACAGUGCGGGUUUCGGAGGCGCGUCUAACAUGGGCUUGAACACGAUGCCCAACGGGUUAAGAAUUCCUGACCUGAAUGGCACUGCAUUUAACGACUUUCCUCAGCAAGUGCUGUACGAUGCCUACGGGAAUAGAUAUGUGCCGAAGGAUGCCACUUAUCAGUCGAUGACAGCGAGCUACAACCCUUACCUGAAUCGAUCGCCUCAAUCGUCGCUGAUGAUCGAUUCCCUGCCGGGGUCAUUUUAUUCUAGCAAUAGCCUUUCGCCAUCCUUUCAAAUGCAACCUUCAAGGAUUUCCGAUCCCCUAUCGUACUUUCCCAAUGUGGGUCCAUCAUCUCAGCGAAUAAACCCAUUGGUGAGAGAUUAUGACAAAACUGGUGACGUUAGAGAUCAAGUGAAGUUGCUGGAAUCCUUCGAAUCUAUCGAUAACGACAGUGAAAGCGAUGGAAGCUUGGAAAAAGAGCUACCACUGCCUGUCAAUCGGCAUUCGGUGGACGUGGACGAUGAAGCUUCCAACGAUGAUGGUCCGCACGGUGAGACGGACAGUGCGGAGACGAAGUAUAAACGAAAGCUCUUCACUGUCGGCGAUACGACGUUCGAUUACGAGCAGUACAAGGACAGCAUCCUUCCGUUGGUCGAUGCCAAUCCGGACGAUGAGCGAAUCUCCGUUGUGGUAUGCAUGGUCGGUAGUCGCCAGCCUAACAAUACCGAUUGCUUCAGGUACUACAUCUGCAACCCGCACAAUGGCGUGUUCCAGUCGUACACCUGUCCUCCGUUUACGGCAUUCAACAAAAACUCUCGCAUGUGCGAUGUAACCACGUACAAGCAGUGUAAAAACUUGAUGACACCACCGGUAACACCCCGGCCCCACCUAAGAACGCGCAAGGAACCUCCCGCAAAGCAACGCGUCAGCCAGAUCAACCAGAUCAAGCAGGAACUGCUGAAGGCCCAGAAGUACGUCGAGUUGAUCCGGCUCGAGGCGAACAAGCUGCGGCUUCACAACAGUGGGCCUUCCCCGCAAGGGCAGAAAGUAAUCUUCCUCCCAUCGAUGGUGGGUGGCCACACGAAGGCAAAGCCCAAACCAAAGCAGGCGCCCACAAAGAAGAAGCGUGUCACGGCCAAACCGGCCCGAAAGGUGCCCCGGUGCCGGCUGGAAGGGCGCAUGCCGGAUCCGAUGGAUCAGAGCAACUACUACGUCUGCCACCGGAAGAGUCCGAACAAGUUCAUCAAGCUCAAGAUGGCCUGUCCGGCCGAUCUUCUCUACUGUGCCGACACGCAGUACUGCACGCUGCGUACCAACUGCUGA